UCGUGGGACGCACUGCAGGAAGAUGGCAGCCCUGAGCUUCCCCACGCCGUUGCACGGACACGUGGGCCGCGGCGCCUUCAGCGACGUGUACGAGCCCGCGGAGGACACGUUCCUGCUUUUGGACGUGCUCGAGGCAGCGGCUGCCGAGCUGGCGGGAGUGGAAAUAUGCCUGGAAGUAGGGGCAGGGUCUGGUGUAGUAUCUGCAUUCCUAGCCUCUAUGAUAGGUCCUCAGGCUUUGUACAUGUGUACUGAUAUCAACCCUGAGGCAGCAGCUUGUACCCUAGAGACAGCACGCUGUAACAGAGUCCACAUUCAACCAGUUAUUACAGAUUUGGUCAAAGGCUUGCUACCAAGAUUGAAGGAAAAAGUUGAUCUUCUGGUGUUUAAUCCCCCCUAUGUAGUGACUCCGCCUGAAGAGGUAGGAAGUCACGGAAUAGAGGCAGCUUGGGCUGGUGGCAGAAAUGGUCGGGAAGUCAUGGACAGGUUUUUUCCCCUGGUUUCAGAUCUCCUUUCACCAAGAGGAUUAUUCUAUUUAGUUACCAUUAAAGAAAACAACCCAGAAGAAAUUUUGAAAAUAAUGAAGACAAAAGGUCUACAAGGAACCACUGCACUUUCUAGACAAGCAGGCCAAGAAACUCUUUCAGUCCUCAAGUUCACCAGGUCCUAGCAUACAAUGUGUGCCCAGAGCCACUGGAAACUGAAGGCAUUUAGCAUAUUUUGAAACUGACGUCAUCCAUUAGUUAACAAGGAAUUUUACCAGAAAUUUCUCAUUAAAACAAGGUACAAAGGUGAAACAUUCCCUUUCACUCUCUAUAGAAUUAUUUGCACAAGUACAAUUAAAUAUGUAUAUUUAUAAUUUGCAUUUUAAAUACAAGAGUUACAUAUAAAAU